GCCUGAUCCUGUUGUUCUUCACUUUUGAAGGUAGAAAGAGAGAAGCGGCAUUUCUUCAAGUCUUGGCUGCAUAGUUAAAGAGAUGAGAGCAGCAAAAGUCCUCGGUUUAUUUGUGUGCUUCACACUGAUACAUUCGUCAGAGUCAGAGGUGAUGCUUCGAGGACCUCGUUCUUCAGAAACCAGAGAUCGCAGCAGAUCUACACUGGGAUGCUCAGAUGAGAGUGACUGGCCCACAUGUGAUGAUCAGGCCUGGGGUCCGAAAUGCCCAUCCGGAUGCCGAAUCCAAGGGCUGAUGGACCAUGAGGAUCGCAAAACAGAUGACAGAGUAAGGAAGAUCCGACAGAUGUUGGACGACUACUCGAAAACAUACGAAUCUACCCAUAUGAGCGUCACCCAAGCAACCAGAAGAAUCAGGGAAACUCUGAACGAAGUGGGAGACUCUGGUACUACCUACUAUAAGCUGGUGGAUUCACUCAAUUCCCGACUUGCCAGCUUGCAGGACAGACUCAAUCACCAAACCACCAAAAUACAGCUUCUGAAAGAAAGUAUAUUCCAACAAUUCGAAGAAAUUAUCCGACUGGAGAUUGACAUUGACAUCAAGAUACAAGCUUGCAAAGGAUCUUGUGUCAAGUCCUUUGUCUACGACAUCAACAAGGAAAAUGAUGCCCGUGUUGAAAAAGUCCUCAGGUCAAUGAGCAUCAAGAGACUGGAGAAGAUUGAAUAUAAGAAGCCACUGCACAGUCUCAAAAUGACUUCUACCAAGACAGCUGAUGUGGUCACUGGCUUUAAAUCUGAACUGGAUUUGGAUCAUGGAUAUUCUGAAUUCUGGAAAGAAAUACAUACUAAUGUAAUUACCCUCGAAGAUUAUUUCCAACCUACAAGUUCUUAUCUAGAUUUCAGCUAUUUUGAAAGCUCACUCUCACCUCUCAUGCCUGCAGCUAUUACUACUGCAUCUUCUGACAGAAUUAGCACAGGGGAUGGCAACAUAUCCUCACCUGAGGAUGGAAUAAGUAUUACAGAGAGGGUCUCUGCACCCUUAUCCCUUGGCGAAGUGAGUAUUAUUGCAGAAGAACUACAUUUGGCAGAGGGGGCAAACAAAAUUGGCUCCUCUUAUGGUUCUCACACUAAAACAUUUGGCAUUAUGGCUGAAUCUAAGACAAAGCAAGGUUACAUAAAAGACAAUGACACCAGAACUGUCCCUGACCUGUCACUCCCUGAUCCACAAGCAACAGAUCCUAAGGAAGCAGUGGGAUGGUCAAAGCUAGAGAUGAAGGGGUCAAGUGCUAGUUCAACUCAUGUGAAAAUCAACAGCUCUGAUAGUGUCACUGAAUAUAUCAAUUUAACGGAUAUUGAUGACUCUGGCAGAAUUGACAAUAUAAAACCCACUUUCCCCACAGCCAACACCGGGGUGACAGACUCCAAAGGGAGUGUAUCUCACACAGAGGCUUUCAGCAGCAGCCGAUGGUUCACCAAAACAGACGAUUCUAAAGGACUCCCAAAUAUUUUGAAAUCUCUUCAUUCUUCUUCAGACCCAGUGUUACCGCUUCGGGAUGAAAUUGGACAAGAUUUUCCUGAUAUAUUUGCUCACAGCACUAAGGUGCAGAAGGCUGAUGGGUACAUUGGAAAAGAUUGUAGUGAUAUCAUCCAGAAACAUACAUCUGGUGGUGAAGAUGGUUUGUUUACAAUCAAGCCCAAUGGCUCAGCUGCUACUAUCACAGCUUACUGCGAUCAGAGCACUGGUCUCGGUGGCUGGAUCCUAAUCCAGCAGCGAAUGGGUGGAUCAGUCCACUUCAACCGAUCCUGGGAUGAGUAUAAGAAUGGAUUUGGUAGCAUCGAUGAUCAAGGCCAUGGAGAUGUCUGGCUGGGAAAUGACAAUCUGCACUUACUCACGCAAGAGGAAAGCCUCCUUCGCAUAGAGCUGGAGGACUGGUCAGGCCACAUGGUAUUUGCUCAUUAUAUUGUAAGCAUAGGUUGUGAAUCAGAGGACUACAUGCUGAAACUCUCUGAUUAUUCAGGUGAUGCUGGAGAUGCAUUAAUAGCAGGGCUUCCAGAGUAUGGUAACCAUACAUCCCACUCUUACAUGAAGUUUAGCACCUACGACAGAGAUCACGAUAGAUGGGAGGAGAGUUGUGCAGAGAUAUAUGGAGGGGGUUGGUGGUACAAUAGCUGUCAGGCAGCUAAUCUGAAUGGAAUUUACUACACGGGUGGGCAGUAUGAUCCUCGCAAUAACAUGCCUUACGAAAUAGAAAAUGGAAUGGUGUGGAUUCCUUUCAGAGGUAAUGACUACUCUCUCAAAGUUGUCAGGAUGAAAAUUCGACGAAUUGCUACUAACUAGGCUAGGAGCUGUUCUUGUCGAGGAAUUUUGUUAACAACGUCUCCUUUUUUUUAUUGUUGUAUUAAAAAAUAAGUCAAUUUCUCCUGUAAUUUCUUGGUGCUUCAGCAAAGUACUGGAUGACCCGGACUAAUGCUGAAUAAAUCGCUGAUCAUUACAUAUCAACUACCAGCCACCCAGCAGAGGGGAUGUUUAUGCCCCCACUUCACAUUCAAUGCAGUCAAGAAUAUACUCUCCACUCCAGAUAACUCCAGAUAACAUUAUAACUAAUAUAGCUAAUUCAAUAUUAUCCUGAUCCAAGUGUAGCAAUUCGAGUUACUGUGGGCAAUGACUUCCAUUGUGUCUCUACAAAAUUCUCCAGGGAUAUAAAAUAACAACAACAACAACAGCAAGAACAACAAAUUACAUUAUAUUAGG